AUGGACGACGACGCCUCCCCCCCGCGCGCGCGUCUCGGUCACCUCCGCGGCCGCGGACGCCGCGCGACCGCCGCGGCGACGGAGGCGGACGUCGCGACGCGCGACGGAAGCGACUGCAGCGAGUCCGCGGGCGGCGGCGUCGACCGGACCUGCGGCGUCCUCGCGCCGCCGCCGCCGCCGUCGUCCGCGACGACGACGACGACGACGACGACGAGCCCGACGACGACGAUGCAGGCGUGGGAGCGCGAGCGCGAGCUCGAGCAGACGCGGUCGUGGCGCGCGCUGCUCGAGGCGGACGACCUGUUCGACGACGGCGCGGGGUGCGGCGCGCGCGUCGCGGUCGCGCGCGCGGCGCGCUACGCGCCGUCGCAUCAGACGCAUCAGACGCAUCCACACGUCGCGCAUCAUCACCCGUACGCGCAUUUCGGCGGCGAAUACGCCGGCGGCGGCGGCGCGCAGCGCGAGGGCGUCGCGCGAGGCGUCGUCUCGCAGCUGCGACGGAGUCACACCGUGAGCGGGUACGGUCCGAGCGUCGGUCUCGGUUUCGGUUUCGACCGCACGCCGCCGGACCUCUCCGCCGCCGCCGCCGCCGCCGCCGCCGCGUCCGCCGCGGUCGAGAUGCAGCGCGAGGGGGCGCGCCACGGCGCGAACGGCCGUCUUCGCGUCGCGCGCGUCGGUCGAUCGCCGCCGCGCGGGAGCCUCGUGGAUCGCCUGAGGGCGUCCGCGGAGCGCGACCCGCCGCCGCGGCUCAGAGGCGCCGACGGCGCGCCGCGCGACGAGCGCGACCGCUCGCGCGACGCCGCGCCCGUCGGCCGCGGCGCGCGCCUCCCGCCGCACCUCCGCAGGACGCAGUCCCAGCCCGCGCGCGUCUCCGACGGCCGCGCGUUCUGCAGCCCGACGUCCGUCGCGAUCGCGCGCGACGGCGCCGGCGCCGGCGCCGGCGCCGACGCGCGCGGCGGGUUCGAGGUCACGUUCCCGGCGAGCGAAGAGGCCGCCGCCGCCGCCGCCGCCGCCGCCGCCGCGCAGGCGAGCGACCCGCGACCGUUCGGCUACCUCGGCGUCACGCGCCCGCUGUGGACGACGCGGUGGGAGGCGAACCUCGUCGACCCGGCGAGCGCGGAGACGGUGUUCUUGGGGAACUUCUCCGAGAAGGAGAGCGCCGCGAGGGCGUACGACGCGGCGGCGAUGAAGGCGCGUUCUACUGUAUACACUGGUCCCCAUACGACCGCGUCGGCGUGGUGA